GCCGUGAAUGGCCUCACACACCCGUACAGUAGGUGGCGGUGUAUGCACCUAAAAGUUGGAUGGGAUCCGCCAACGAAAUCCCAAAGAAUAAGUCAUUGUUUUUCAGGUCUCUGCAAGGUGUGUAGAAUGAGCACAGCUUGACAUUGAAACUAGUAAAACAAGGAUGUCUGGAGAUCUGUCCCUGGACAUUAACAUCAAGGAGCCACGAUGGGACCAGAGCACGUUCAUGGGCCGCGCCCAGCACUUCUUCUUCGUCACUGACCCCAGGAACAUUCUAAAGUCCUCUGAGACCCUGGAGGAUGCACGGGUUACUGUGGAGAAAUACAGGUUAGGAGUGGUAAAGCCAGGUCUGACAGAAGAUGAGCUGUGGAGAGCCAAGUACAUCUAUGACUCUGCCUUCCACCCUGACACCGGCGAAAAGAUGGUGGUGAUGGGACGCAUGUCUGCCCAGGUCCCCAUGAACAUGACCAUCACCGGCUGCAUGCUCACAUUCUACAGGACGACUCCAGCUGUUGUAUUCUGGCAGUGGGUGAACCAGUCCUUCAACGCUGUGGUCAACUACAGCAACCGCAGUGGAGACGCUGCCCUCACCACCAAUCAGCUGGCUGCGGCGUACAUCAGUGCCACCACAGGAGCUGUAGUCACAGCCCUGGGACUCAAGUCUCUAGCCAAGCUAUCCCACCUGUGAUAAUGAACGCCCUGGAGAAGAAAGCCUUUAUGAAGCCUGGUGUUUGCAACUCCUCUGUGCUGUGCCCUCUUCCCACAGAAGAGUUCUAUGGCUGUGAGCAGCCUGGAGACAGAUCUUCAGGAGAGGAUACUACAUAGCAGUCCCCACACUACUACGGUCUUCUUCAACAAAGGCCUUUAGGACCACACAAUAACACCCACCACAGAUAAUCCUCAUCUGCUGGUUGGACCCCGCUACUACAGCUCAGUGGGAACAACUAAGGUCAAAGAGAAUAUUAUAUUUAUGCAUAUUUUUUAAUUUACCUGUUUGUUUAUGAUGUUCUAGGCUUUUUUAUUUUUUUAUUUGGGAGAGGUGACAGUUAGGGGUGCGUCUCAGUCCUACAAAGUUGCUUCCUUGUCUGAAAUGAUGGAAUAAGUGGUGAAAGCCUACCAGUCAGAUUUUUCUGAUUGUACACUGAACUAAAAUAUAAAAGCAACAAUUUCAAAAAUUUUACUGAGUUAAAGUUCAUAUAGGGAAAUCAGUCAAUUGAAAUAAAUAAAUUAGGCCCUAAUCUAUGGAUUUCACAUGACUGGGAGCAAGGCCCACCCACUGGCGAGCCAGGCCCAGCCAAUUAGAAUCAGUUUUUCCCCACAAAAGGGCUUUAUUACAGAUAGAAAUACUCCUCAGAUGUCCAGGUGGCUGGUCUCAGAGGAUCCCACAGUUGUAGAAGCAUGAUGUGGAGGUCCUGGGCUGGCGUGGUUACACGUGGUCUGUGGUUGUGAGGCUGGUUGGACGUACUGCCAAAUUCGCUAUAACUAUGUUGGCGGUGUCUUAUUGUAGAGAAAUGACCUUUUCAAUUCUGUCAACAGCUCUGGUGGACAUUCCUGCAGAUCUUUUAUUUCAACUCAUGAAACAUGGGACCAACAUGUUGUGUUUUAUAUUUUUGUUCAGAAUAGAUGCAGGAAAGGAGACAAGGGGAGAAAGCCUCUUCGAAGUAAUGAAACACAGGCGAGCGUAGUGUGACAGACGGUUAUCUUAUACUGCUACAUUGACAAACAGACUAUGGUUUGAUUUAAAAAAUAAUAAUUGUGCGUUUAUCCUCCCUGGGGUUGUGGGUGUUUAAUUAUUGAAUGUUACUGAAUGACAAAUUCUUACUGAAUGACAAAUUCUAUCAAUUCACCCCAAACUAGAUCGCCCCUCGUUUUCAAUCCCAGAGAGAUUUUUUUCUCCCCAAGGUGUAUUUGUUUUUUCCAUUGUAUUUGAGAUCGUACCCUUUAAGCUGUGUGCACUGAAACCAUUCAUGACUUGGAAUUAGAAAAUAGUUAAAUUGAAUCUGCUAGAUAUCCACUCCCUCAAGUUGGCUCAACUGUAGUCUGUAGUAAAAUACAACAGUUGGUUUAUGAGCACAAUAUAGACUGACCUGCUAUUAAAUUCCUUUUUGGGUCUACCAGGGUUUUGUUUAUCAUUGCAAAAUGUAUUGCUUCAGUGUGCCCUAAUGAACAUUAACCAGUUGACUAGCAAAGCUUCCCUCUCUCACCACUGCCCUUGGAAGUGUACUUACACACACACACACACUGUCCCACCAGAUAACCUUGUCCAACCCCUCUCACCCUAGUAACCCUGUCUGUUUUGUACUGUAUUGUGUCUAAAUGUUAAAGUAAUAAGGAUAUUAUUAAUGUUUUGUCCCCCGCUCUCAGUUUGUGACUCUCCUGGUCCCUCUUUAGACUGCUCAUUCUUCUGUUACAAUAGAGAAGGGUAAGAAGAGUUGGCUUGCAGUGCUGCCGUACAGACCUAGACGCAUGGUGGUUCCAAUGUAUGCAAUAAGAGGCAAGGGUACAUGAAUCCCAAUCUGUAUGAUGUCAGGGUUAGAUUAGUUGUGGUGAUGUGUAUACCAAAUAAUAUUGUUUAAAUGUCAUGAAACAAAAGCAAAGUUGUGAGAACCAGGGGUCUGAAACUACUGGCCGGCUGACAAAAUGUGCCUCCUAAGCUGAUUUAAUGUGGCCCGUGGUUGUAUUAGGAAAUGCAGCCCGAGGUCAUAACAUUUGAGACACCUGUCUUAAACCCCUGAGCUAAAAUGAAUCAUCAAUCAAUUAUAGGACAGCUGGAAGUAAUGCUGGGACCUUUAGUUCCCGUGUGGAAAAACUGGGCUUAGUUGGAGCAUCCCUGAUCAAACCUAUACGGGUACAUUUUUGUGGGAUAUAGAGGAUAGAUUUAACGAAUAAAUAGCAGAGAUGUAUUCGAUUUUAAACUUCAGGGUGCGGUGCUACAUUUCUUCACUAGGUGGCAGUUAGACCAACUAACUAUUACACAUUUCCAUUGUGUUUUUGUGUGUCUGAGAGUUGACUUUGAAUGUAUUAGUCAAAACCACCCAUCAGGAUGGGCCCGGUUGAUUUUAGUAAGGCUCGGUCACCAAGCCUGGUACCAGAUUUGUUUUGCUGUCUUGUCAGGUUAUAGAUCACAUUUUCCUCUGUCAAAGUCAGUAUAGAGCUCCACAGUUGAGGUGUCAUAAAACCUAGCGGUCAAACAGGGAUAUGGUUCCAAUUGUUUUUUCACCAUUCAUUUUUCUCAUAGGGGAUUUUAGAAACAUUUAAUAUAAGGGCUGUGUUUUGUGCAGGCUUACCCUAGCGUGACGUUUUAAUAACCAUGUACAUCUCUCAGACAAGGUGACUUUGAUCAAUCUAUUUGUCUCUAUUUACUCUGAUUCAAAAAUGCUAAUUAGCGUCAAAGUAGACAUGCAAAACGACAAAUACCUGCAAGCUCCUUCACAUCAUCUCUAGCUGACGCUAACAUUAGAUAGUUAAUCCAGAGAUUCUUACAUUUGCCUCGAUUUGGCUGGCUCAUCCAGAUCAUCAUGGCAUUUGUAGUUCUUUAUGAUAGCCACAUUAGCAUUUCAGUUUUCGGGGGUAAAUACAGGCGACUAUUGUCUGAGAGAGAUUUACAUAGUUAUCAAAACAUCAUGCCAGUGUAAGCCUACACGGAUCACAGCCCUUAUUUUAACGAUUGGAACCAGUUCCGUUUAACCGCUAGGUUUUAUGGGUAUUAUGACUCAUACUGGGGUACUCUAUGGCAUGCAUACCAUCCCACUGUGCUUGGUAGUUGUAGAUCACGUCUCUCAAUUAAAUCAGAUAUUUAAUUGAGAGACGUGCAAUGAAGACAUUUGUGAUUCUUAAGGGUCUGUAACAAGACAUUUCACUGUAAUGGACGUCAGUGGUCAUGAAUGAAUCUCCUCCUCUCACAGACUUUUUAUUCUAUUGCUCUAUUUUUAGGAAUGACUCCACAUAGCCUGGUCCCGGUUCUGUUUGUGCCGUCUUGUUUAGUGUGACAGUGAACAUAGAAUUUGGCAAGAUAACACAAACAGAUCUGGAACCAGGCUAGAUUCCUCAUACUUUUUAGUGCAAAUGUUUAUCAUUAUCCAUAGACAAUCAGAUGCACCGCAGCACAGUGUUAUUACGGCCAUACAGUAAACAUUGCUACAUUUAUGCCAUGGCUUUCAACUGUAAAUACCAGGGUUGGAGCCAGUUCCAUUUCAAUUGAUUGAAUUGAAAUCCUGGUAGAUACUGGUUCAUCUGUACUGUACAUAAGCACACAUGCAGAGUAAAUGGAUAUUCCACAAGUCACAUUAAUUCAAUUUUUAUGUCCAUAAUUGAAUAUAAAAUGUAUUUCAUGAGCAAGUUGACACCAUUGUAAAACUCACUCAUUCACUCGCCUAUUACUUUAUAAGGACACCCCAUCGUUAUUGUAUCUUGGGGCUUUGGGGGGUUCUGUUGUAUCUUGGGUAAAAUUGGCCUGCAAUUGGGUGCUAUGUAGUAACCAAUGUAAAGGGUGGGGGUGUAGGGUACCUCUUUCUUUUAAAUGUAUUGAAAAUAUAUGUAUUGUUUGUAUAAUGUGCUUGACAAUGCCUAUGAUAUAAACAAAGUCACAGCUUACUAUUAUGAGUUUAUAGUAAGUUAGUUAUCCAGCAGCUGCUAGCUUUAUUUAUUUAAUCACUGCCAUUUAGUUGUUUUCUGGUCCUUUUGGUGGAGAGGGCAAGGAAAUGUGAUUAGAACAAAAAUGAACCUAGAGCUAGAUCGUGCUGAUAGAAACAUGCAAGGCUUGCGAUUGAUUGUACUAUUCAUUUAGUCAAGGCAAAGAUGUGCUGUGUAUCACACACAGCUACAAACCUAACCAUGGAAAAGACGGGGUUGAUAAAGUUGGAAAAGCAGAGCUUCUUAAGUUUGCUUAAGCUUUAUUUGACUAGCAUCUACCAGGUUAUCCUCAUGCAAUAACUUUCAUGUUAAAUAUAUCUCUAGGUUAGCUUCGGCAUGUCAUAGAAUAUGGUCUCAGCCGCAUAUUGAAGGCACAACACUGAAGACAAUCUAUGACGUUGCUACACUCCAUGAAUGUUAUGGAUGUUUCAUGUCAAUGUGUGUCCACAUACAGUAACUCACUGUUGUUCAAUACCAAUGUAGUUGUCAGUAUUGGAAGUCACUACCUCAUUGUUUUUCCCCCCUCUCCAUGUUUUAUUUUAUUGGAAGUGUUAUGUCACACCUGAACUAUGUAAGAUGUAUUUACUCAGAGCUAUAGAAUAAAGUGAUUGAAAUGAA